GCCCGGGCCCGGGGAGGGGAGGGUACUACUGUCCGCAGCCGCUGACGUUCUGCCCCUGCCCGGCGUUCCAGUACACGGUGCUGCAGCGUGGUGACCAGCCGCUCUGCAAACACCUGCUGGCCGCCAAACUAGCGCAGGCGCUGGGAAAGUGCGCCGACACGGCUGUCAGUGACCCGCACCUGCGGGACCUGCUGACUGAGCUGCACUAGACGCGGGCCGACUCACACUGACCGGACCUCCUUACUGACCGAGCUGCGCGGGACACAGCACUCUGUGCAUCGCCAUGGACCGGCCCAACUUCCACUUCAGGAGGCGGGAGGAGAAACUCGACUGGAAGAAGCUCGCGGCGCUGGAUGUGGAUCAGAUCGCCAAAACGGUCGACUACAAGGCGCUGCAGGACAGCAUCCGCCAGAUCACUUACUGCGACGCCGGCAAAGAGUUCGACUCUGAGGCGGCCGACCCGAACCUGGUCAAGGUGUUCCGGAUGGCGCAGCUGAUCAUCGAGUACCUGCUGCAGAGCCAGGACUUCCUGGCCAAUAACCUGGCCAGCGUGGAGGAGCGGCUCAAUUCUACACUGGAGGAGCUGGAGUCUGCGCGCCAGCGCUCCCGCCGCGACCAGGAGGAGCUGAGGGAGCUGCGCAAGGGGCUGAGGGCGCCGGCCAGCUCCACGGUGAUGACGCUGACUGGCCACCAGCGGUGCCAGUUCUGCCAGAAGGUGUUCAUCAACACCACCUACCUGCAGUCGCACAUGAUGCGCCGGCACAACCACAUGGUCGGCAAACAGAUGAGCAACCAGACGCUCUCCACCGUCAUCCAGGACCAGAGCUCGCCGGCGGCGGCGGCGGCGCUGGAGGCUGAGCUGGAGCAGGUCCGGCGCCGGCUGCUGGUGGCCGAACAACAGCUGAGAGAGGAGCGCCGGCGCGUGGCCGCGCUCGAGCAGCCCGGCGCCGGCGCCUACCAGCCGGACGAGGCAGCCGAGCUGGCGCCCUACCACCACACUAUCAAGGAGGAGCCGGAGCCGCCGCCGGACGAGCCGGAGCCAGCCGGCUCCCGGCAGGACUCCGUCUCCGGCUCCCGGCACGGAUCCGGCGGAGGCUCCCAGCAGGGCUCUGGAGGCGGCUCCCAGCACGGAUCCGGCGGAGGCUCCCGGCAGGGCUCCGGCGGAGGCUCCCGGCAGGGCUCCGGCGGAGGCUCCCGGCACGGAUCUGGAGGCGGCUCCCGGCAGGACUCGGGCGGUGCGUCCCGGCAGGGCUCCGGAUCCGGCGGCGGCUCGGCGGAGCAGAAGGACUCCCGGCUGGCCGUGCUGCUGGAGCAGCAGGCGGCCGAGAUCAGACAGCUGCGUGAGGAGCUGGAGCGCCAGCGGCAGGCGGUGCCGGCGGCACCGGCCGCUCCCACCCUGCUGGGCGGCGCUGGCGCCGAGCCGCCGGCGCCAGCACCCGAGCCGGUCAACCGGGUCGAGCAGGAGAUCCAGAAACAGGCGCGGCGCGACGUGGUGGCGCUGGAGGGUCAGAUGGAGGCCCAGGAGCGUUACUGGCAGGAGCGGCUAAGCGCCAUGCGCCAGCGCCACGACGCCGAGGUCGAGGGCAUGCGCAGAAUGCUCAACGAGAAGAACGCGGCCACGCGCGGCAGCGCCGAGUACGUCAACCUGGACAGCGGCGCGGAGCGGUCGCCGCAGUCGCCGCGCCUGCUGCGCUUCGUGCACCGGCACCAGUCGCCGUCUCCGGGCCCGGCGGCGGCGCCCGGCCCGGCCGGCCGCGGCGGCCGGCAGCGGCCGCGGCCGUGCAUCGCGCCCCAGCCGCGCCACGGCCGCUCGCGCUCCGUCUCCGGCUGCCGGCGGCUCAAGUUCGCCGACGACGAGGAGGAGUGCGACGACGACGACGAGCCGAUGGUGCGCGCCGCGCCGCGCCAGUCCCUCUCCACGGACGCGCUGACACGGAACGGGCCGGCCGGCGGCCGUCCGCAGGUGCGUCAGGAGCUGGAGUCGGAGCUCAGCGAGCGGCUGCUCGAGCUCGGCAUCGAGCCGGGCACGCGGCGCCUCUCCAGCGGCCUGAUGACCGACAAGAUGCGCCACCUGCAGAUGACCCGCCAGGUGCUGGGGUUCGGGGACCUGCGCCGUCAGGUGGACCAGGACCUGAACCAGCGGCUCACCAAGUUCGCCGCGCUGCCCUCCAAACGCACCAGCAAGCUGGCCCUGUUCGCCAAGGACAUUAUGCAGCGAGGCGCCGAGAUGUCGCGCUCCCUCGUCACACUCGGCACGAAAAGCCGACCCAGCUGCACCAGCGCCACCGUCGACGCCCAGCUGAUGAAGCGCAUGCUGGCGGCCGAGAAGGCGAGCCGUCCACGCGCCGCCUCCGACUCGCCGACGUCGAGCCGCCGGCGCGCGCCGCCCGGCGGCCCGGCCGCUGACUGGCCGCGCGACGGCGCCGACUGGCCGCCGCCGCGCCAGCACAGCCGCUACCAGGCUACCAGCUACGAGGAGGAGGAGGAUUUUCGGCCUCGCCACGGUGGGCGCAAGUUUAAGUUCAAGGCCAACGCCAGUAAACAUAUUCUGGAGCGGUUCACCCGACGCGGACAGUGCCAGAGUUCGCUGAUCAAGUCGACCACCAUCCACCGCGUGGAGAGCGGAGAGGGUCUGGACAGCGACGCGGGCGGCCGGUACGAGCAGCUGCGGGACGACCGGCCACCGCCGGGCCGCCGGGAUAGCGCCGCCAGCGUGCAGAGUCGCCGGCCAUCGGCCGAGAUACAGCCGCCGGUGUCCCGCUCCGGCUCCGGCUCCGGCCUGCAGCCGGCCGGACCCGCUGAGGACGGGUUCGUCACUCCGAUGUCGCGGCCGUUGUCGGGCGACUCUGCGCGCGCCGCCGAGCCGCCGGAGUCGCCGCCGAUACCUCAGAUCGGCUCGGGCUCGACCACACCCAAACAAGACAGCUUCGACACUUCCGAGAUUUCGAACCGAACGGAGUCGAGUCCGCCUCCCGCCAUACCGACCAUAGACCCGGUGGACGCCAGGCCGUCCGGCUCUGCCAAUACGUUGUCCACCAGCCAGUGGAACUCUGCCGCGGCGGCGGCCGACUCCAGCGCCGCCGACGAGACUGAGACGCGCACCAGCCACACCACGGGCUCGUCCAGCAGCGACUCGGACUCGGAGGAGAGCGACUCGGAGCCGGCCGCGCCGCCGGGGGACGCGUAGCGCGGCCGGCCCACUGGCGGCGCUCGCUGCGCGCACUGCUGCUGGCCGCCGCCGCCCUCUGGCUGGCCUGGCACGGCCUGCCGCCGCUGUAGCGCCGCGCGCGGACCGGCGCACGGCCCGGCAGGUCAGUCGGCUGCAGGCGCCGCGCUGGCCACAGUCGAUACACGAUGCCGUCCAGCAGUACAAAUCCCCAGUGAGGACGGGACAGCCGUUCCCGCGUGCAGUUCUCUAGUCACGCCGAUCGUUUUGCGGCGAAGCGGCUCAUCCGGCGCCGUUUGUGGUUUCCUGUUAGGUUCGGUGAGCGCCCCGCUUCCGGCCGUGUCUUUCAUCGCACCGCGUUAUGUCAAACCGUCUGGCAACUCCAAAUACACAGUGUUCUCUUGAUGAAA